UCUUAGAUUGUUUUGUUUUUAAGAAAAUAUUGCGCAGAAUUAACCGGUCUCCUCUCCACCGCUACGCCCGUCGCCGGAGCACUCAACUCCUCCGCCUCAUGGCCUUAUCGCUCUUCGGCCCCGCCGUCAUUGCUGUCCUCUUCCUUGUUCUGCUUCCGGAUCGCGUCUGGGCAUCCGAUAGCUCGCCGAUCGGCGGCGGCGUCAAAAUCACGUAUGGAUCUGUUAUUAAGCUAAUGCAUGAGAGAACAAAGUUCCGGUUACACUCUCAUGACAUCUCCUACGGAUCGGGAAGUGAGCAGCAAUCGGUCACCGGUUUUCCUGAUGCGGACGACUCAAAUAGUUACUGGAUUGUUAGGCCCCAGUUGGAUUCCUCUGCCAGGCAAGGGGAUGUUAUUUCUCAUGGAACUAUUAUCAGGUUGCAGCAUAUGACAACCAGGAGAUGGUUACACAGCCACCUUCAUGCAUCCCCUCUCUCAGAUAACUUGGAGGUGAGUUGCUUCGGAGGAGAUGAUGAGACAGAAACUGGAGACCAUUGGAAGCUUGAAAUUGAAGGUGCUGGUAAGAUCUGGAAGCAGGACCAGAGGAUCAGGCUCCGUCACGUUGAUACAGGGGGUUACCUGCACAGCCACAACAAAAAAUACCAACGGGUCAUUGCAGGGCAGCUGGAGGUUUGCGGUGUUGAAGAGAAACGCGCAGACAAUAUCUGGUUUGCAGCUGAAGGAGUCUAUCUUCCUGUCAAUGAAAACAACUGAACGGUAUUGUCCCUUUAAAAAAA